CAACAACUUCCGCCACCUACGUCAUCGCUGUCAGUAAUCAUGGCGGCGUCCUGUAUGCGAACCGUGGUCUCCGUUUUUGGAAAAUGUGGGAAUUGCAGCUCGAGUAUUAACACUGUUACGUCGCAAUUAAGCCGACAGGUCCUGAGCAGGCAGAUAUGUGUGAGCUCUGCCCUCCACAGAAAGAACAUGGCGUCUGCAGGGCCGGAUAAAUUCACGGUGGAGUUCAUCCAGAAGCAGGUGGAGGAGUAUAACAUUGGGAAACGCCAUCUGGCUAACAUGAUGGGAGAGGACCCCGAGAACUUCACCCAGGAGGACAUAGAUAGCAGCGUAGCCUACCUGUUCCCCUCCGGCCUGUUUGAGAAGAAAGCCCGUCCCAUCAUGAAGCAUCCAGAUGAAAUAUUUCCGAAACAGAGAGCUGCCCAGUGGGGGCCGGACGGGCGGCCGUUCCACUUCCUGUUUUACACCGGCAAACAGUCCUACUACUCCCUGAUGCAUGAAAUGUACGGCAAAAUUCUGGAAAUAGAGAAGCACCAAGAUCGCCUGAGAUCCAAGGGACUCUUCUCCCAGGACGUCAAGCGGAUCUCUCUGGGCACGAGCAGGUGGCUCACAAGGGAGGAACUGGAGACGUUGCUCGUCGAGGCCAUCGGACCUAAUAAUUACGAUCGCUUCAUCCAGCUGAUGGAGCGCCUGCUGUCGUUGCCCUACUGCGCCACGGAGGAGAAGUUUGUCCUGAGUUACCGCCGGCAAAUUGAGGCCCAGUCCAGCAAGCAAACGAUGCCGACGCUGCAGCAUGACGACAGGGGCGUGGCCUAUCGAAACGCCGACGGUCGGAGGAAGUCGUCCAACGCCUCUGUGGUUCUUCGAGACUGCGGCUCCGGACGCACCACCGUCAACGGCAAAGACUUCUUGCUGUACUUCCCGGUGCUACAAGACAGAGAGCAGCUGAUGUUCCCGCUUCAGUUCACCAGCAUGCUGGGACGCUUCGACCUGGAGUGCACCGUGAGUGGCGGCGGGCGGUCCGGCCAGGCGGGGGCGCUGCGGCUCGCCGUGUCGCGCGCCCUGCUCGGCUUCGUGUCUGAGGGGGAGAUGGAAAACAUGAGACAAGCUGGUCUGCUGACCCCCGACCCGAGAGUGAGGGAGAGGAAGAAGCCGGGUCAAGAGGGAGCACGAAGGAAAUUCACCUGGACGAAACGCUGAGGAGGAUCUCCUCCCCUGAACUCAAAUAUGAAACAUUCAGACUGACUUCUGCUGAUGAUGUUCCCCCCCAGAUGAACCGACUCCUCGUCUGUUUCCCAUCGGCCGCGUCGCUUCAUUUACCCGUCGUCUAUUUGAGCUCUAGAAAGAAAAGACUCUCGCAGGCGGCCAUAUCUCAAUGUGCAGCCCUGACUUAACAAGCUGCAGUGAGCCUCUUCAGGCACCAGGUGGAAGUGUGUGUCAAGGAAUAAAUGAAAAGGAUGAAUAUGUUUACCAAUAUAUUAAACAAUAAAUAAGGGUUUUCAUUCAAAGAAACAUGUUUUCUUUGUUUUGUUGCUUGUAAAUACUGGAGUUUAAACAUUGUUUGACGUUUUCUACACAUUUUCAUUUGGUCUGAUAAUAAUGUGCAGAUGUUUGGAAUGUGUGCCUGAUAAAUAAAAUUGAUGAUUUUUAA